AAAAUCCGACCCCAUGUGUUUUUAGCAAAGAGGAAAUUCUUCUUUGUGUUUCACUUUUCAGUUUUCACACACGCGCGAGACAUCUAUCUGAUAAAUCCCUCGAUAUAAACAGGGCUGGCUAAUCGAAACCUUUCGAUCGACGAUUACUGCUGGAAAUUAUGCUUGAAAUCGACUAAAUUUGAGGUGAAACGGAACUUGGCAUUCCGAUACAUCUCUAUGGUUUCGAUUUUGUAGGUUUUUUGUUUGCGAUAUAUGUUCUUUCGAAACUUUUGAACCUAGGUCUUGAGAAUUUGUGGAAUAUGAGUGUAUCUGCUACAUCUGUGUUGAUGGAAUCGUGGCGGAAUUUGUUGUUCGUUUAUGCUUGAUGAGAUGAAAGAUGUGAGGGAAUCCGAGCAUUCAGGAGCUGUCGUAAAGAUAGAAAGUUCUUAUGAACGUUUAAUUGUUAAAAAUAAGGCAGCAUUCGACUUAGGAGUUAUAGGGUUUAGUGAUUCCUCUCCUAGGAAAAUGUUCAAUUCCAAUAAAGAUAGAAAGAGAUCCCGAGUCGUUCUGAGUGAUUCCGAGUCAGAUGAGUUACCAGACCCACCUCUUCCCCGCAAAGUUCAUAAAUUCCGAAAUACAUCGGAUGCUUACAGAAGUGGUUUAGUGGAAAAUAAAGAUCUCCAAACUGAGAAAAAGGUUAACAACAGGUUAGAUGAUGAGUCCGAUGAAGUGGAUGAGAGGAGAAUGAGGAUGGAUGUUAAUAACGAUAGGUUAUAUAGGCAAAAUGGGGAUCAAAAGGAAUCUGCAAGUGGUAGUGGUAGGAUGAUAAUUCAUAGGAAAAGGGAUCUUGAUUCAGAAAACAAUGGUGCUAAAGGUGCAAAAAGUAGUGAGUAUGCAAUGGACAAUGAUGAAUUAGGGUUAUCUGUAUCAAUUAAGAAUGAAGAAGAAGAGGAAGACCUUGAAGAAUCAGUCAGGUUGCAAGGUAAAAAUGGUGUUUUGAUGGAAAAUAAACAUAAACAAGUGGGUCUUUCACAUAGAGGUAACAGUCAGAAUCUUGAUGGGAAAAGGCUGAGCUUGUCCCAUAACAUCCAUGGUCAACUUGAAUCUAGAAAGAAGAGAACAGUGAUGCAAUCAAAGUCAAAUGCACCUAAGAAUAACAAGGAAAGCAAGAUCAAGCGACCUAAUUUCACUGAAAAGCAAUUGUUAAGAGAGAAGAUUAAAACAAUGCUUUUGGGUGCUGGAUGGACGAUUGAUUAUAGACCAAGAAGAACCAGAGAUUAUCUUGAUUCUGUAUAUAUUAGUCCUUCUGGAACUGCUUAUUGGUCUAUAACCAAGGCUUAUGAUGCACUCAAAAAGGAAGAAAAAGAGAAAGAGAAAGAGAAUUCGGUAGCUAAGGGAGACUUUACACCAUUACCCAAUGAGAUACUUAACAAAUUAACACGACAAACACAAAAGAAAAUCGAAAGAGAACUUGAAAAGAGUAGAAGACACGAAGACAACAUUAGGAAGCCUAAAAGGGUAAAAAAGUCUACACAGUUUAGAUCCAUUGACCAGAACAAAGAGAAGCUUGAUUGUUAUCUGAAGGAAGCAAGUGAAGACAGUAGUGGCUACUCAAGUGAUGAUUCUCCUCACAAGGAAACACCCCAGAAAGAUGCUGUUCAUGUUCAUACGAAUCCCCAUAAUUUACAUGAAAACAAAAGCCGAAUAAUUGGCAGAAGAACAUUGGUUGUUCGUGGAUCUGAAAAUGGUUUAGAUUCAGAAAAGAAUGAUUUUAUUCCAUAUUCAGGAAAAAGGAACUUGAUUUCAUGGUUAAUUGACUCUGGAAUGGUUUCUGUGGGUGAAAAGGUGGAAUAUAAGAACCUUAGAAGGACACGUGUAAUGCAAGAAGGAUGGAUAACUGAAGAUGGAAUCCAUUGUGGUUGCUGUAGCAAACUGGUGACAGUUUUGAGAUUUGAACUUCAUGCGGGCAGCAAACUCGGGCAGCCAUUGAAGAACAUUUUUAUCCAAUCGGGCAAGUCUUUAAUGGAGUGUCAGAUAGAUGGUUGGAAUAAACAAAAAGAGUCAGAAAGAAAAGGUUUUCAUGUUGUAGAUGUUGAAGGUGAUGAUCCUGAUGAUGAUACUUGUGGUUUAUGUGGAGAUGGUGGAGAUUUGAUCUGCUGUGAUGGUUGCCCAUCAACCUUUCACCUGAGCUGCUUGGAUAUGCAGAUGCUUCCGGAAGGUGAUUGGCAUUGUCCAAAUUGUGCAUGCAAAUAUUGCAAUAAGGACAGUGGUAGAACUGGAAGUUCCAGUUCACUUCUUACAUGUCGCCUUUGUGAGAAAAAAUAUCAUAAAUCAUGCAGUGGUGAGAUGGAUAUGUUUUGUUUCUGUGGGAGAAAAUGCCAAGAGCUAUACACACGCUUACAGAAGCUUCUUUGGAUGAAACAUGAAUUAGAUUCCGGAUUCUCAUGGUCUCUUAUCCAUCAAUCUGAUCUAUUACCCGACAUGUCAUCCUUAUAUUUCUAUCAAAGAGCCGAAUGCAUCUCCAAAAUAGCAAUUGCUUUAUUAGUCAUGGAUGAGUGUUUUUUACCUAUUGUUGAUAGGAGAAGUGGGAUCAAUCUAAUCCAUAAUGUUGUUUAUAAUUGUGGAUCAAAUAUUAGCCGGUUAAACUAUAGUGGCUUCUUCACAGCCGUUUUGGAGAGGGGAGAUGAAAUGAUAUGUGCUGCAUCAAUCAGGAUUCAUGGAACCCAACUAGCUGAGAUGCCUUUUAUUGGGACCCGCGAUAUAUACAGACGCCAAGGGAUGUGUCGCAGGCUAUUGCAUGCUAUUGAAUCAGCUCUCACAUCCCUCAAAGUAGAGAAAUUGAUUAUUCCUGCCAUUGAAGAACACAUGGAUACAUGGACUAAUGCUUUUGGGUUUAAACCACUUGAAGAAUCAUGCAAACAAGAAAUGAAGUCAUUCAAUAUGAUGGUGUUUCCUGGAACAGAUAUGUUGCAAAAGCAACUGAUAAAGAAACGCACUGUAGAAACCAACAUGACUUCAAAAAAAGAUUCCAUUCCUUUAAAAAACAUUCUACGAACCAAACGCCCCGUGAGUUUCUUUAAUGGUGGUGUAGGCAAGAAGGGUGUUGAGGUGGAAGACUACAAUAAGGGAAAGAAAUCGGAAUUGAAUAACACUUCUAUCCGGAAUGGCGAUUCCGAACCCGAUUCCAAUGUUGUAAAAGGUGGGAAUAAGACCGGUUCCAAGGUUGAAAUAACUGAUUUGCGGAAUGGCAAUGAAACUGCCCCUGGAAUUACUGAUUCUGAUUCCAAUGUAAUAAUAUGUGAACCUCAACUUCAAGUCACGGAAAAGGACUCUGUUUCCAAUUCCGUUGUUCUGCGGAAUGGCAAUGUGACCGAUACUCCAUUGGAAUCAGACCUCCAAUUCCUGGGAAAGGAAUCUGGUUGUGUGUCAAUGGCAAAAGAAAAUGAUGCGAAGGAUGGAAGGGAUGCUACCAACGGGAAUGUCUGAUUCUGUUAAGAAAAUUGAGAAUCGUCUAACAAAGGACACGAAUGUUCUUGUAUAAAAUAAUGAGAUCCUAGUUUUUUGAAAUGAAGUGUUUUGUUGUUUUUCUAAUAUUCGAGUCAACUACACCAUAUAGACAAUUCUUUUAUUCAUAACACUUUUUAGGGUACAUGAAUUUGAUUUAUUUAAGUAAUG